CAGACCUUUCACAAAUCAUAUCACCGGCUAAUUGAGGAAAUGGCAAUCUCCGCUUGGACGCUUUUACCGCUGGCGAUACAGAUCGCUUGGCUCUCCAACUCAAAGGUGAUGGUGAUGUCCCAGGUGCCAGGACCAAGGACACGUUAUGAACCCAACUGGGCCAGCUUGGAUCAGAGACCUUUGCCCAGGUGGUAUGACGAGGCCAAGGUGGGCAUAUUCCUGCAUUAUGGUGUAUAUUCGGUGCCCAGUUUUGGCUCUGAAUGGUUCUGGACUAAUUGGAAAAAUCUUCGUAAUCCGGAGUACAUUCAAUUCAUGCAACGCAAUUAUAAGCCCGACUUUAGUUAUCAGGAAUUUGCUGGACAAUUCACCGCUGAGCUAUUCAAUGCCACUCAAUGGGCGUUACUUUUUCGAGAUAGUGGAGCCAGAUAUGUAGUUCUCACAAGCAAACAUCAUGAUGGCUUCACGCUGUGGCCCUCCAAGAGCAGCUUUGGUUGGAAUUCCAUGGAUGUGGGUCCCAAAAGAGAUAUAAUCAAGGAACUUGCUGCCGCUGUUCGCAAGGAAUCUGAUUUGAAAUUUGGACUCUACUACUCUCUCUUUGAGUGGUUCAAUCCCCUGUGGACCGAUGACAAGUUGCAUCUGCUUAUGCAGCAGCAUUUUGUGGAUAGAAAAGUUCGUCCCGAACAGAUGGAACUGGUGCAGCAAUAUCUUCCAGAGAUCAUUUGGUCCGAUGGCGAUUGGGAAGCUCCAGCGAAGUACUGGCGUUCCGAGGAGUUCAUUGCCUGGUUAUAUAAUGAUAGUCCUGUGCGGGAGACAGUGGUCACCAAUGAUCGUUGGGGCUUUGGCACUGCCUGCAUGCAUGGUGACUUUUAUAAUUGCGCUGAUCGCUUUAAUCCUGGCAUCCUGCAGGCUCACAAAUGGGAGAAUGCCUUUACCUUGGAUAAAACCAGCUGGGGACAGCGAUUCGAUGUUACUUUGGCGGACUUUAUGACCUCCAAGGAGGUGAUCAAAGAAAUUGUCACCACUGUCAGCUGCAAUGGCAAUGUCCUUAUCAAUGUGGGACCCACCAAAUUUGGCACCAUUUUGCCCAUCUUCGAGGAGCGUCUAAGGGACAUGGGUCGCUGGCUGAGGAUCAAUGGUGAGGGUAUCUAUGGUUCUGCUCCUUGGAUCUAUCAGAAUGAUACCAUCACACCGAAUGUUUGGUAUACGAGGCGCCAGGAGGCUUCCAAUGGCAGCGUUGCUGUCUAUGCCUUUGUCCUGGAUUAUCCUUAUGACACGAAUGAGCUGGACAUUUAUCCUUUGGGCAGGGAUAUCAAUAUUUUCCAAAAUGUCAUGUUGACGGGUAUAGAUAUGGGCACAGGUGGCGAUAUUUUAAAUCAACAAAGCACAAAGGUGGUCAUGUUGGGCAUGGAGGAUACCAAAAUUCUGUGGACUACGGAUCGUAAUAAAUUGCAUAUUGUGUUUCCUCCUAAAAAUCACAUUGAUAAGAGAGGACUAGACUUUGCCUGGACCUUUAAAAUUACCAUAACGUGAGGUAGUUAUU